GUUUUUGUAGGCUAUUGCUCCCUGUGGACUUCACUGUGUACACAUAUGCCAAGGAUGGAUCUCUAAUAACCAACAGACCUCCAAUGCAGGAUCACUGUCACUACCGGGGCUAUGUGGAGGAUGUGGAGGAAUCGUCUGUGGCCAUGAGUAUCUGCUCUGGGCUAAGAGGGGUGCUCCACAUGGACAACUCCAGCUAUGGGAUUGAGCCGCUGGUGUCUUCCUCGGACUUCCAGCACCUAGUGUACCGGCUGGAGGACGUGGUGUCGGAGCCGCUGGUGUGUGGCACGCCCCACACGGAACAACAAGCCCCAUCUGAACAGGACCGCUCAGAGCAUCACUCUGACACACACAAACAGCCCGUCAGCCACCUCCUCAGGAGAAAGCGGGCAGUGCUGCACCAGCCACACUAUGUAGAGCUGCUCCUGGUGGUGGAUAAUGAGAGGUUCACCUACAUGCACAGGAAUGAGACUGCAGUGCGAGAAGAGAUGAUUCAUCUAGCUAACUACAUUGACAGUAUGUACGUGGAGCUGAACAUCCGUGUGGUGUUGGUGGGCCUGGACAUCUGGGCCAACGGGAACCCCAUCAGCAUCGAGGGCAGCGCCGGGGAGGUGCUCAGCCGCUUUGUCCAGUGGAGGGAGAAGGAGCUGGUGCCGCGGCGACGCCACGACAGCGCCCAGCUCAUCCUGAAGAAGAACUUUGGGGGCACUGCUGGGAUGGCCUUUGUCAGCACGGUCUGCUCGCGGAGUCACGGGGGUGGGAUCAACGCAUUCACCAACAACAACAUCCCGUCUUUUGCGUCUAUCGUGGCCCACGAGCUGGGCCACAACCUGGGCAUGAACCACGACAACGGGCGUAACUGCCAUUGUGGGGUCACCAGUUGUAUUAUGAACUCGGGCGCCACUGGCUCGCGGAACUUCAGCAGCUGCAGCGCCGACGACUUUGAGAAGAUGAUCCUGAACACGGGGGGCAGCUGCCUGCUUAACAUUCCGCAUCCGGAAGAGGCCUACAGUGCCCCCUACUGUGGCAACAAACUGGUGGACGUGGGAGAGGAGUGUGACUGUGGCUCAGACAAGGAAUGUGAGAAGGACCCGUGCUGUGAAGCCAAGACCUGCAAGCUCAUGGGUGGAGCACAGUGUGCCUAUGGAGUGUGCUGUAAAAAUUGUCAGUAUUUGCCAGGGGGCUCAGUGUGUAGAGGUAGCAAUGAUGAGUGCGACCUCUCGGAGUACUGCAACGGCUCAUCUGCACUGUGCCCAAGCGACGUCUUCAAGCAGAACGGCCACCCCUGCAAAGUGGAUAAAGCCUACUGCUACAAUGGGAAGUGCCAGCACUACAAUGGACAAUGCCAGGCCAUCUUUGGCCCAAAGGCAAAGGCUGCCCCAGAGGUGUGUUUCAAAGAUGUCAACUCUAAGGGGGAUCGGUUUGGAAACUGCGGCUACCAACCCCUUGGCUAUAAGAAGUGUGAGAGCAGGAAUGCCAUGUGUGGGAAGCUGCAGUGUGAGAAUGUCCAGUCGGUCACCGUCUUUGGCAUCGAGCCCGCCAUCAUCCAGACGCCCAUCGCAGGAACCAAGUGCUGGGGCGUGGACUUCAUGCUGGGGUCGGACGUCCCAGACCCUGGCAUGGUGAACGAGGGGACCAAGUGUGGGGAGAACAAGGUCUGUUUGAAUUACGACUGUCGGAGCGCCGACGUGCUCAACUACGACUGUGACAUCCAGAAGAAAUGCCACGGUCACGGUGUGUGUAACAGCAACAGGAACUGCCACUGUGAGAACGGCUGGGCGCCGCCCAACUGCGAAGCCAAAGGUUACGGAGGCAGCAUGGACAGCGGCCCUACGUGGAACGACAAGGACACCUCCACCAGGGAUGGGCUGCUGGUCUUCUUCUUUCUGGUACUGCCUCUGAUGGCGCUGGGCCUCUUCGUCUUCUUCAGGAGGAAUGAGCUGCAGAGGCGCUUCUGCAGGAGGAAAAGAUCCCAGGGCUACGAGGCUGACAGCAGACCUCAGGCCAACACUAGCCGAGGCCCUCCUCCGAGAGUCAACCCCAACACCAUUGUCAAAGACGGACACCAGGCUCAGUUAUUACCACCAGAGGAGGUUGUGCAGACGAGUAGGACCGUCUCAGUGCCAUCUUAUGCUGUCAGACCUCCUCCUCCCUAUUCAAGACCAACACCUGCUGCAACACAACUUGUGCCUCAAAGACCUGCGCCCCCACCCCCGGUCUAGCCCAUGGAAACGCGGUCAGCCAAAAUCCACACAUGCAAUGCAGUCACUUGACGUAAGAGGCACACCUGCAAUACAGAGUUGUAAAACGAACUGGACCAGUUUCUGACCACUUCAAGGUGUCUUUUUUGUUGUUGUUGUUGUUGUUGUUACAAGAAGCAGAGAUGAUGUUGGGCUACGUAGGACCACUGCUACCAAUUCCAUACACUUCACUUCUCCUUGAGCAACUGUCAUAGGAAUGUAAAGGUGAUGACACACAAGCCCUUGAUGAUCAUAGUGGGGAGUUUGUGUUGGUUAGGUAAAACAUUUUAAUUAACAUUUUAGACAAACCUGAUGGUGCCGGUGGGAAUGUAAUCCAUCCGCCGGCUUGACUGAGUGCAGAAAUGUACCUGCUUUGGAUCAUACUGCCUGCAGUUUACCCUCCCUUUGGUUCUACUGUAUGAUGACGAUUUGUGUACUUUAUUCCCUGAAGACUGUUUUGACUCCUCAGAUGCUUUUAUCAGAUUCAGGCCACAUGAGUUCAACAUUCACUUUUUUUUUAUAUUCACUUGGUUAAUGAUAAUAUGCAGCCUUUCAACACUUGAUAACCCGCAGAUAUUUAAAGUAUUGCAGUAUUAAAACCGGUUUGAAUUAGUUGUCUUAUAAGUGUGUGCAAUACAGUACAAUAAUGUUGCUCUUACAACCUUACUCUUAUGUUGCCGUUAAUGUAGCUUCAAAAACAUGCUGGAUUUCUAUCUUUAUUUUUCACCUUUUGGAAAUUAAGACAAUAUCCUCAACAUAUUGGAUGAGCUAGACUAUACCUGGACCUUUUGACCAAUAAAUGGUUUUAGCAUUUGGUGACCCAAUACAGAUAUUCAUAGCCUGUCCCUUUGUUACAUUUCUUCUAUUCAAUACAUUUUAUAGGAUAAUUAUAUUUGCCAAUUUAGCCAUUACCCAGUGGGUUGCACAAAUUUAGACACCUUUAUUAACAAUUUCAUUUAUUAAUAAACCGGGUCUACGGGCAUUCCUUUGCGAAACUAUCAAAUCACAUGUUUAGAUGCUAACCCUCCUCCCCAAAUUAAAAUCUAAUAUGGACGCCAAUGUUUUUGUUCUCGCUUUGCCCGCACACAUGUCCUCUACUUCCUGUCUGGGGCAGCAUUGUGCCUAUAUUGCGUGGCUGAUUUAGCUAGACAAAAAGUUGUGAAACACAGACGUGUUCACGCAAAGUGAGAACACAAUAUGAAAUCCAUAAUUGGUUUUGAUUUGAGGAGGUGUGGGGUAGCAUCUAAAAACUGGAUUUAAUAGUUUAUUGUUCACUUUUCUGCGACGCAAACAGCGACCUAUCAAUCAGAACCGUCUACGGAUUACGGAUGCCGUUUCAGAAGCAGGACACAAACUGCUAGCAGGUACCGUCAUUGGAGCAUGAUUUAUCUCGCAAGCUGUCGCUAUGGAAUUCCCUUAGACCUGGCCUUUUAAUAAAUUAAAUAAUUAAUAAAGGUCUUUAAAUUUGGCCUACCCAGUGGGUAGUUGCAAAGACGUACAGUCAGUUCAACUAUGUAUUUAAUGUCUGCUUUUCAUGAUAGAGAUACUUAAAGGGGCAAUCUGCAGUAGCUACAUACAUUUUUGGAUUUAUGAAUUAAUUAUAUAUACUUAUUGAUCGCUUUGUUAUUGUUUCAACUGCUGAUUGCCGCUUUAAUGUGUAUCCAUUUUAUUUGACUGUGGUUUUGUUGUAUCCCUGAUUUGUUUGAAAAGAUAUUACACAAAAUAAGUAAAUAUAUUUAUCAUUAAGGGCUAUGUAAAAUUUCAUGUGAUCAUGCCAUGUUUGCAUUUUGAGAAACUAUAUUGAGGUCAAUGGCAUAAGCAUUGAAAACUGGUGAACAUUCUGAAAUGUGUUUACUGCAUAUUCGGACAUGAUGAAUUUCCAAUGAUUGGAAUUUAGAAGCAUCCAGUCUCAGACAUUUGAAAGACACUGCCUACAUAAACAUUACUGGGGCAUCCUAUAGCAAUAUGGCAAUCCUCCCACCUCUGAUGGUGCAUACAACAACCAACUUCCUUUGCCACCAUAAAGACUGACUUCUUCAAGAACAAAUGUCAUACUGUAGUAGGCUACAUGCUGAAGUAGACUUUUAACAGAUGUUUGUUUGAGGAUCAUGUACGUAUGUGGUUGACAUUUCACAUUUUAUGUUUGCAUAAUGUGAAAAUAAUUAAUUGAUUUGAUUGGCCUGAUUGAACUGCAUUUCCUACAUCUUCCAGGUUCUCUGUAUAUGAUUGAUGUUGUGAUAGCUGGCAAUAGUGAAAAUGUCUGACACUAUGAUUCAAAGAAAGUCAUGGCUGCCUUGAUUGGACUAAUUGGUGGUGAUGAUUUUUGUAAUGCAUAUGAAAUAAAAAUCCACAUACUCACAUAAA